ACGUCCCUGCGACGUCGUACGGAUGUGUUGUAUAUGUUCUGGUGGGACUAACGGCUGAGCGAUCACUCAAGAAAAUGAACGGUGCACGGUUAUAGAAAGUUUGCCGCCAAUAGUUAAUGUCGGCACCGUUGUGAUAACCACGUGCGUCCGAUUUGCGCUAUUUCCGGUGGUGUUUAGGAUCUGUGAAGGGUGUUUUAGAUGACUCCAUGCCUGUGCUAAUGGGGGUGUUGUGAUUGUGCGCGCUGAAAAGCCCUUUUCCAUCCGCCAUGUCGGAUAACAGGGCCGCUUGGGAAGGCAAUAUGUGGUGGCCCAAUGCGGACCAACAGCAGAUGCUUCAGCAGAUGCAAAACCAACAGCAGCAACAGCAACAGAAUGCUGAAACUGCAAUCAGUUCGUCCAGCCAAACAGCGCACAACCAACUGUUCAGCUAUAAAAUGGCGAGCGCUUUUGAAAACACAAACACUUCCAACUCGAAUGCCAGUAAUCAGUAUAGUAAUGCGGGAUUAGACUAUAACCAACAAGGACAUUGGUGGAAUUACCAGCAACAGCAAGCACAGGAUCUACAGAGUUCAGCGCUGCAGGGGCUGCAAAAUAUGUCCAACCAACAGCAGCAAACGAUGCAGCAGAAUCAGGUGCAUCAAGAUACGCAAUCUAGACAGGACGAAGCUCAGCGACAAGAAGUUACCCGUCAGCACCAAGAGGCUGUUCAUAGACAGCAGCAAGACGAAUACAGGCUGCACCAAGAAGCCAUCGAGCAUCAUCGUCAAGCGAUCGCAGAAGCACAGGCUCGCCAUCACCAAUUGCAGCAGCAAACCCAUCAGUUGCAGCAUCAGCUACAACAGCGAAAUAACCACCACCAGGUAUUACAGCAACACCAGCAGAUUUCACAACCGAAAGGCAGAAUGCCGAAAAAGGGAGAUUCGAAACCCAGGGGUCGAAUGACCGCUUAUGCAUUCUUUGUGCAAACAUGCAGAGAAGAGCAUAAGAAGAAACACCCCGAAGAAAACGUCGUAUUUGCUGAAUUCUCAAAGAAAUGCGCCGAAAGGUGGAAGACCAUGUUGGACAAAGAAAAGAAACGCUUUCACGAGAUGGCUGAGACUGACAAGAAGCGCUAUGAUACAGAAAUGCAGAGCUACACUCCACCUAAAGGGGAGAAGCAGCGAGGCAAGAAGCGAAAACAAAUUAAGGACCCCAAUGCGCCUAAGAGAUCAUUGUCGGCAUUCUUUUGGUUCAGCAACGACGAGCGUGGCAAAGUUAAGGCUCAAAACCCGGAAUACGGUGUCGGCGAUAUCGCCAAAGAGUUGGGCAGAAGGUGGGCUGAUGCCGAUCCAGAAGUGAGGUCAAAGUUCGAGGCUUUGGCAGAUAAGGACAAAAUCAGAUAUGAGAAAGAAAUGACAGCUUAUAAAAAGAAGCUGAACCCGGUUGUCCAACCACCUGUACCUGAAGAAGAGCCGGAAGAUGAAGACGAUGGGGACGAUGAUGACGACGAGUAAAUUAGUAGCGCCCUGCUCUGAUCGUUCGCCUUCUCAUUCCCUCAGGUUCCGACUGAUUACUACUUUUCAUUGUUCCAAAGUGUUAUUUUUUAGUACAAUAACUACUCUUCUCGUUUUUAUUUUGAUAAUUUAUCGAAUAAAACACUAACUACUCAUUCACGGUGUGUUUUGUUCAGGAUGUUAGUCAAUGGACACAUUGGCACAAUGAUUAGGGUAGUCAGUUGUCUUUUGUAUAUAGUUAUCCCGUAGCAUUGUAAUUUUAUUCAUAAUUAUGUUUUUUACCCGUUCAGUGUGUAUUUAUAGCAGACUUGAAUUUCAAAAAAAUCUCUUGCGAGUAUUUGAAAUUCGGGUUCUGUUAUCGACUGAGUGUGUUACGAGUCGUGUGCAGGUACCCACAAUGGUAAACCAGGCGUUGUGUUUGUCCCAGUUAGCGUAGAUACCGUUUUUUUAUUUCAUCAGAAAAAUCCGCGAUAAUUUCCGGACCGUUUCAUCAACGAGGAUGUAUAGGAAUCCACACAACUACCUCCAAUUAGUGCGUCAAUUGCAAAUUAGUUGAGAAAAAAGAGUUAUUAUUAUGCAGUGGCGGCGGGUGUAUAAGCGCUACAUUAGUGCAAAACUAGCGGGUUAUUGUUGCUUUUUUUGGAGUUUCGGGGAAAAAACAAGGAUAUUCGCGAUUCUAAUGUUUCCAGAUCUAUUAGAAGAGUUCUGUAGAUAGACUGAGAUACAACAUUUUAUUAACCAUUAUCGGGUUUUUAAAUUCACUUAACGACAACUGAUUGGUUAUAAACAUUCAAAGCACGAUUUGCCCAAUGGCUAUAACCUAUUGAAAAAGUUUUGCAAUAGGCAAUUGUAAUAACAGCUGCUUAUUUGCAAAAAUUGUCGAAUGUUUUAAGUUUUUACUGGGUGCCGUUGCUGUAUCCGUUGUCCACGUGAAGAAACCGGUCUGGAAACUGUUUGCAAGCUAGCGCCUUCAAAAACGUUUACUUUAAUUCCUACAUAUCUAGUUUAAGAUGAUCAGCUUCCCAAUAGAUUUCAAAAUUUGCCUUUAGCGGCGCAAGAGGCCAACUCUCCGCGUUCUAAAAGCAAUGUACUAUAAUUUCCUGUACAGUCUUAAGACGGAAUCACUCGACCAAUUUAAUUUUCCAUAACUUGCAUCCUGUAGUGGUUUACAUGACAGGUUUUUGAAAAUGUCUAAUAGUGGUUGAAUUAUUUUUUCGGGCGUUGAACACUUAGUGUUUUAUGAAAAUUUUCCUGUACCGCGAUAUGAAUUUUUUGUUUUCAUUGUGUCCAAAAUUACCAAUUUUAUCCACAUAACAAUUAAACAUGCCCUUUGGCAUCUUUUAUAAUAAGUUUUGCAAGGGCAUGAUCUCGACACGCAUUUUCUCAAGUUGGUAAUUUUGGUAGUUAAAGUAUUUGAGAUGUAAUCGAUUUACCAAUUCCCCUAGAGCAUAAGCAGAGCAUAUUUUUAUUAUUUCUUGAUUGUGGCUAUUUAAUACUCGAUGAGCAUAUUUGGAGCAAUUGUAUUACGCGCCCAAUUAGGGUUGGGAGUUCGAUCCAAUUGCUGGAUACGCUUCUAUGUAUUCAAAUAACACUACAUUAUGGAAUGGUAAAAAGUACUUUGGAAGGAACGAAAUUCCUAGAUGAACAUGCGGCUAUUUCUUAUUUAUUUUUUUCUAUAUCAAAACGACAAGGAAAUGAAAAUAAUAGGUCCAUAAUGUUUUUGCCUUUGGAAGGAUUUGCAAAAUGCCAACAGAUCUAUAUUUUCCAACAAAUAGGCCAUUUGUCGCUCUGUUUUAUUUAUAGGGCCUGAUUGAUUGAUUAACACUAAGCAAUGUUUGUUUUUUAUAAUGUCUAGGGAGAAAUAAAAUAAAAUGAAAUAAAAUUUUCGAAA